AUGCAGUCCUCCAACCACCUCCUCGCCAUGCUCAACGCGAUCAAGGCUGGCCCAUCCACCGCUGACUCGUCCACCCCCAUCUCGCCUGCGGGCCCGACAGGGAGCACGGGCUCGAGUGAGCGCCCCUCGGGUUCGGCCACAUCGCCGCCCCUCCCUCCCCCGCCCCCUCCUCCUCCUCCUAGCUUCCAGACCGUGUCCCUUGACGACCUGUUCAAGUCCAUUUCUCAGACUACCGAGCACAGUGCUUCUGCCCAGUCAAAGCCGACGCCCUCUCCUCCUGCGUCUGGCCAGGCCUCCCUCGCGACUUCGCCACCUGGUCAGCACCACGCCAAACUUCUAGGCAUGUUGUCACUGGGCGCCAAUGCGGGCUCAGCCCAGACCACGCCAGAGCCCAGCCGUCCCGCAUCUGGUCCCCUGCCCCCUCAGCGCGAGGAGCAGCGUCGCGCCUCGCUUCUGGGUAUGUUACGAUCGCCUCCAAUGAAAGCAACGCCCGCCGCCUUGAGCGAGCCCGUCAUCACUCACCCUGCGCCCACUACUGCAUCCCUCCCUCCGCCCGGUAUCACCCCGCCACCCAUUACGAGUGUCAUGAGCCCGCCUCUGUCAUACCAGUCUUCCGCUCCUGCAAACCCUGUGCCGCAAGCCUUGCCCUCUGGCUCGCCCUUCGACUUUGUCUCGCCCUUUGAGGCGUUUGACAAACCCGCGCCUCCCCAGCAUCUAUCCUCUGGCAAGGCGUCGACAGGGGUGGCAUCUCCCGCCCAUACCCCGAGUGCCAAAUCGACUCCAGCCCCCUCGUCACCCGUCAAGCACGAGCAUGUCACCCCGCAGGCUGCGGCCGCGGGGGCCCUCGCGCUCCAGACACCUUCGGCCCCAUCCCCUCCAGCCUCGGCUUCGAGGAAGGACGUGACUAGACCCUCGCUUGCCUCGCAGAUUCUUCGCGACGGCAACGAGGGAACGGGUCCCCUCACUCUUUCUCCUGGCGGUGUGACGAUUGACAUGGCCCAGGCCAACUGGGGGGCGGUCAUCAGUGAACCGGGUGCGGUGGCAGUGCAACCCGCUACGAUAAUGAAGGCCGAGUCUGUGGGAUUCUCGCGUGGCCGCACCGUGGGCUCUGCCGGCGGGUGGAUUGCCUACACACUCUCACGCGGUCGCAUCCGUCUCUUGGACAUGCAGUCCGGAGCGCGUACCCUUAUUCAGCUCCAGCAAACCGGUCCUUUAAUCGAUCUCGCCGUCACAGCCGGCGGCCUCGCUGUUGUCCUGGCUGACGGCACUGUCAAUGCUUACCGUGUUCCCCCAAGCUGGGACCAAGAUGACCCGGACUGUCCCCUUAUCUUCAGUUUACCGCGUAUUAGCCCUGGCUCUGUACCUGCGGAUAAGGGCCUCGGCGAUAUCAAGCAGGUUGAGUGGGUGCGCCGGGAGGGCGAAUCUGUCGCCAAUUGGUUGGCCAUCGGCGGCACCGAGGGCGUUGUCAUUGUCAAGCCCGACAACUGGGGUCAGCAAGCCCCCCUCGUCAAUGCGAAGGAGAUGCUCGCAAACCACCGCGUGCUCAAGGCCAGUGGUCCUGUGGUGCAGUUCUGCCUCAACGCUACUCACCAGGCCAUUGCGCUCAUCUCCUCGUCGGGCUACUUUUGCCUCUAUUCGGUGGCCUCUUUCAACAAGGUUUGGCACCGCCAGCUGCCAUCCUCCAACACGGCUGCACCACUGUCAUCUGUGCGGUUCUGUGAGGCCCACAUCGUCGUCGGCCGAGCCAACGAUACCAUGUUCGAUCUCGUACAAAUCACGUACGAGUUGGCGGUCAUCUCCACCAUCAAAUUCACUGCUCCCGAGUCACAGCUGUCGUUUGGCAACGCGGUAUACGACAGUGAGAAUGAAACCCUCUUCAUUUCUCAGUUCGCCCGCGGCUCCAUUUACGCAUUCCACUACAAGCUCAAGGGCACACAGCCGCUUCGAGGCCUCACCGGUCCAGACGCUACGCCUGUCCUCGCCUUUGACGCUAUGGCAGAGUUCCCGAUGGACCCGAUGGUGUCCUUCGUUGUCAGCCCCCGCUCGCGUGACUCCGCAUCUGCGUCGGCGGACAUUGUGUAUGCCACGCCUCAACGGAUCAACCGCGCUCAGCUUGCCCUCGGCAGCCUCGCCCAGAACGGUUCGGCUCCAGCUCCCGCUGCGGCGAAGAGCAAGGCGGUCGAACAGAAGCAGGACGUGAAGGUCGAGCAGACAAGCCUGGAGACGCCAAGUGUUCUGGACAAGCCUGUCGACAAUAAGCGCACUCGUGGUCGUGUGAACCAGGUCGAGAAGCGUGCGCAGACGCCCUCGACUGUGCGCAAGGAAUCGGUGCGCGGCAUUUCCCCGGUCAAGACGGAUGCGACUGCGCCUGAGGAACCCAAGCCUGCUGCUGCGGUUGCUGCUGGCCUUACCGCCGACGACCUGAGCAAGGCACUCAAGAAGACUGAGGAGAAGCUCAGCAAUCAGUUCAGGCAAGCUGUGCAGGCUGAGUUCGGCUCAGGCAAACGCGGCGGUGUAGACGUGUCGUCGACUUUGACUGCGGCCGUUACGACCCAUCUGCAGUCCAACCUUCCUCGGCUUGUCGAGCAAGAGCUCCAGCGCGCCGUCCCCGCCGCUAUUCAGAGCGCCGUGCGUGAGCUGGUGCCUGCUACCCUCCACCAGUCAUUGCAGCACAUUGACCGCGACAUCGAACGCAUCCUCACACCAAUCGUCCCUCGGACGCUCAACUCGGUGGUCCAGCCGGCUGUCGAUCGCGCUGUUCGUGACGCAAUCGAGCAGAAUCUUAUGCCGGCGCUCGAGGCGGCCACGACCCGUGUCUACGACCAGCUCGCAUCUGACCUCAAGUCGGAGAUGGUGCAAAUCCGCAAAGAUGUCGUCGCCGAGCAGGGUGACGCAUUGGCCGGUACCAACGACAUGAUUCACAAUCUGUCGUCCAUGGUCGAGUCUCUGCAGCGCCAAAUCGCCGCGCUGUCAGCGCGCUCUCCGCCGCCAGGUCCUGCGCCUCCCACGCACGCGCGCUCUAUGUCUGUUAUCUCGCCGCCGACCUCUCAAGCUCCGCCUCCGGGGCAGUCGCGAUCACCAUUCGAGACCCCGAAGCAGAUUGAGGACACGUUCCUUUCGGCCCUCGGCGCGCAGUCGGCUCCGGCAACGCUCAAGCUCGUGACCGACUUUGCGCCGCGCACCGAGUACCUCUUCCCGCAGCGUCCCAACCGCAGCCCCCUUUCGCAGGUGGUGCUCCUUACGCUGAUCCAUCGCCUUUCCUCCGCUCUCGCUGGUGUGGCCCCACAAGACCCAGUAUUCGUCACUGUUGCGACGUGGCUCGCCCGCGCGGCCGAUAAGCUGGAGCCAAACGACCAGACCAUCCGGGGCUACUUCCCGCGCGUGGCGCAUGUGGUGACGGAGGACCUCAAGCAGCGCAUCUCGCAGCUGAGCUAUCGCCAAGACCCGCUUGCGCGGCAACACAUCGGCGCGCUGCAGCGAGUGAUCGACGAGUUGGCGGCCAAGCGGUAACACGCGGGGGGACGACGGGAGGUGCGGAGACGAAUAUUCAUGUUGUGUACAGACGGAGUGGAUGGUCUGUAGCCCGCUGCGGCGGCUGUGCAUAGGUAGAGUAGUGUUAUGGAUCUCGUCUGUCCCGG